CGCGCGACUCAGAGCUCAUCACAGGCCCAACACUGGUGCCAGCGAUCUGUUCUAGAUCUGAGAGGGCACUAGUUCACUCCUUGGCUCUCCCUCCGCUUCUCACUGCCAACUACGAGCGUCAAAAGUCCGGCCAUUGCCCCCACACACGUGCUGUGCAACGUUAUCGCGAAUGAUGCCUUCGCUAGCCGAGCUUGAGCAAUGGAUGGAAGAGCAGCUCCCUCCAAACCUCCACGAUCUGCCCCAUAAGGUCCAUGCCACCUUGCAGGCCUACUCUGCACAGAUCUACACGCAGCUCUCUGACCUCACGCCGUCGCUGAGCCGAAUUGAGGACUCGCUCAAGGAGAUUCCGAAUCUGGUCGGAAAUGCUGCCUCAUCGUCGCAGCAGCUGUUUCAACAGCCACCCCCGCCGCCCACCAAGGUGCCUACGCUGAUGGAACGCAUUGCAGAGCGAGCCGAUGCCAUCACCGGCAGUCGUCGGCGGACCAAUGUCGUCGCCGGUGUUGCUCUCGUCGGUAUCAGCGCUGCCGUCGUCUCGCAGACGCUGUGGCCGACGGCGGCGCGACGGCGGAAGCAUGCGUUGCGAAGCGCCAAGACUGUCAACGGGACGCGCCGGGAGAUCAUUGUGGUUCUCGGAGGCGACACGCCCAUCGGGCAGGCCCUCUGCCACCAGCUGUCGACACAAGGCUUCAUCGUCGUCGCCAGCGUGUCGAACGAGCAGAGCAUGCAGAACUUUGACUCCCUCAUCCCACCCUCGUCGCGAGGUUUCAUCAAGUCGAUCAUCCUUGAUCCGUUUGGUCCCCAGCCACAAGACAUCGGCGCCUUUGUCGCUGCGGUCUCUUCCAGCCGCGAGCUUCGAUGGCCGCUGACCAGCGCGGGGGACCCUUAUGCGCGCCCCGGCCAAGAGGCUCAGGUCGUCGGUCUGGUCAAUUCGCUCAGCUACCGCUCAGCCGGCGAGGUCGCACCUGGGCUGGCUACCGACACCCUCGCUUCCUCACUUCAGAUCGACCGCCUUACUGAUGAGAUGCAAAGGAGAGUCAUCACUCCAUUGGCCACCAUCUCUGCCCUCGUCCCACUUCUCUGCGCCCUGGGACACUCGGCCGAUGCCGAGGAAGCCGCCGAUGCCUCGCCAGCUGUCAUUGUGUCCCUUGUCAAUCACGGAGGCGAGACUGACUCGUACUCGACUGCGCUGCGAGGCGGCAUGAGGCGCAUCCAGCUUCAUCAGAGCCAGACGACCGAAUCAAGGCGUAGAGCGCUCUCCGCUGCCUCUUUGGCAGGUAGCAAUAGCAGACGGAGACGCCUGUUGGUGACGACUUUGGAGGCCAAGUCCUCUUCCCUGCGCACCCUCUUUGCCUCUCUUCUCCCUUCCUCUAUUGGCGGUGGCGCGCCAGCUCUGACAACGUCAGUCAUUGGCAUCUCCUCGAGCAAGCGCUUCAUCUCUUCCUCUGCCGCCCAGAGGUCCGAAAGCGAGAGUAACAAGCCCGCGAGACCGACAUACAUGCAAAGGAGCCCAUCUAUGAGCGCGUCCAAGGCUCAGAAGGAGGUCGAGUUCAAGCGCGUUCUCGAGGCCACCACGGCCGUGCUGCUGUCUCCGCUGGCCACCAAGGCGCUUCGUCCAGUGUACACGAUCCGGCUACCCGCUGUGGCUAGCAGUGCUGCUGCGGCCGCCGACGGUAGCAGCAACGAGCAUCGUCAGCUCGAGAGCACCUUGCUCCUCAGGCUUCUUCACACGACGUCUGUACCCUUUGUCAUUCUUGCCAGGACAAUGGGACGCUGGCUCAGCAUCAACCCUUCCUCGUGGUUCUCGUCCACCUGCCACGACGCUCGCGGCCCUGGCUAUCGACGCUCGUGGUACAACCCGAGACCGGCGUAUGGACCAGGACCAGGACCAGCUUCCAAUACACACUCAAGGACGUCGAUUCGUCGAACAGAGGAAGCCAACAAGCGCGGCGAGACGUCGACGGCGCCCCAGGACCAGAGCCGGAGACGAAACCGGCCAAUGUCGGCCGCCUCUACCAGCUCUUCAGAGGCCAAAUCGAGCGAAGCAGCGCCACCAUCCAACAAUGGCAUGAGCAGCUCGGGCAUCUUCAGCAGCGUCCCAAGCAGCGCCUUUGGCGAUGGCGAGGGUGUGCCUGACCUCGACAGCGAGGAUGGCAAUGCCAGCCCGUUUGAGGCUGAAUCGCCGCCACUUGCUUCUCAAGACUCGAGCACGCAGAGGCAUAGGCAGCAAGAUAAUGAGUCCACCCCCAGUGCAAGCCGAGUCGAACACGUCUAUCAAAGCUCUGCACCACCUUCCAGCCGCGGCACCGCCCCCUCGGGCACUCGCAGCCCGCUCGGUGCGAGCUGGGUCGCGCUCGGCGAGUCUCAGACUAGCGAGGGUGGCAGCAGCACCUGAAGUCUGGCUCUCUCCUCCUCGCCAUUGUUGCUCUUCAGUGCAUCUCUUUCCUGAUUCUUGUAUAUUGUAGCCCACCCUUUCAUGGCCUUGGAAUUUGAAGAAGUCUCUUUGCGCGCCGCGGAGAUAAUGUGGUGCAGA